ACGGAAACCUACACUUUCGGGAGUUGUCGGCUAUAGUUCUGUCAACUCAGAUUGACGCCUUACGGACCUAUAAAGGUCGCAAUAUAUCCCAGCAUAUGUUCUGAUUAUAUACCACACACUUCAUUAUGAAUCCCUACCCAAAUGGUUGGCCUACCAACUGGUACCAAGGACAAUACAACCCUCAUGUAUAUGUCCCCCCCUACCACAACCAGCCGCCGUAUCAACCAGCAAGAUGGCAAGGAUUUAACUUCGAACACUCACAACCAAAAUCCAAAUGGCCCAGUCUCAACCCCACCCUUGCAUCAGACAUGACCUACGUGCGCUACGAUAUCCGCAAGCCCGCUCGGGAAGCAAUCAUGUUAACUACAUGGCAACAAAUUCAUCACAUUCCAGCAUUCGUGGCGCCUACGUACGAGAUCCUCAUCAUCUCGAAGGCAUUCCCUUGGUCAAUGCUCAUCCGUGCGCCUGCCGGCUCUGUAGUCACAUGCGGCGCGAUCUUUGAGGGAUUGCAUGAAAUGCUACACAAGCACAUCGAAGACUCAGAGUGGGCAAUCGUGGCUCUUGAUAAGACGCGGAGGGAAGCAAUCGAGAAGGCUGCGAAGGCGAGGCAAGAGAAGGACAAGGAUAAACGACUGAAGAGAAUUGAUUGGUUGGGGGACACGCCAAUGUUUAAGGGGCUGGAGAAGGACGAAGAAUUUGAGAAAAAGAGACAUCUACCUGGAAGUGAUACUGUCGCGGAGACAUGGGUGGUGAGAUUUGGAAAACCGUGAUUGUGAUGCUAUCCGAAUCAUCAUGGGAGUUUCAUGAUACCUUUCCUUGUUUUCUCUUGGACCCC